AUGGACCUGCUCUGCGAGGAACGCGUCAGCCCCGGCAGCGACGGGGCGCCGCGGCCGGCCCCGGCGCCCCGGGCCGCCGCCUCCGACCCGGUGCUGCUGCGCCGCCGCGUGCUCGACAACCUGCUGCGCACCGAGGAGCGCUACGCGGUCACGGCCAACUACUUCGGCACGCUGCAGACAGAGAUCACGCCGCACAUGCGCCGCAUCGUCGCCGAGUGGAUGCUAGAGGUAUGCGAGGAUCAGAGCUGUCAGGAGGAGGUGUUCCCGUUGGCAAUAUCGUACUUGGACCGAUUCCUGAGCAUUUGCACUGUGGGAAAGAGCCAACUGCAACUGCUGGGCACGGCUUGUCUCCUGCUCGCCUCGAAGCUGAGGGAGCCCGGCUCCCGCGGCCUGCCAGCCGAGCUUUUGGUCUUCUACACAGCUAACAGCAUCACACUCGCCGACCUCUGCGAAACAGCUGAUCACAUUAAUCAUACAGUUUCAUGCACUUUUUGCAUUGUAUUCCGCGCAAGCGCUCUCGUGUCGUUCACUCCGUCGAUUUCUAGCGACGUCGGCCGCCGUCUGAGCAUCCGCGAGAUUGGAAUUCUAGAUUUGCGACGGUACAUUAAU